UCCCAGCAUAGGCUACAAAAGGACCGCAAUACAUUUCUUUAACAUGAUGAUGAUACACACUUUCUCUCCUCCAGCUAUUACACAGGGUGGUAGACGGUGUGUGUGGGCGGGAGCCCCCUCGGAUGGCAGACUACGGUGAUACGUGGACCCUUGUAGAAUGGAUGGAGCUCCUCGUCUCCUUCUCCUCUCUGUUCCGGCUCACCGUGGGUAAGAAGACCCCAGACGAAGAGGUGAGACCAUAGUCAGUGAGUUUGGAGCAGUCUUUUGAGUUUUAUCAUGCAUGUUUGACUUUGAGUCAUGUUCCAUGUAUGACUGACCCUUGACUCAGAUGUGAGGGGAGUUGGGUUUCUAAGAUGUGCAAUGCAGUGGCUCACUGGUUUGUGAGGGUUCUUCUGGCAGUUACAUUGUGUUGGGCUCUUCACUGUGUAUUAGGUUUGUGUAGGGCCUCUUGACGGCUGCAAUGUAUUGUGUAUGCCGGCAGUGUACUGGGUUUGUAAGGAGUGUGAAGGGUAUUGGGUUUGGUCAAUAUUUCUCAAUCCAUUCCUGAGGGAUGCUCAGGGGGUGUACAUUUUGAUUGAACCAUGUGUUUUAUUGCUGGGCUAGAACAAAAGUGGGCAAUGGGCACCCCCUGUGUGAGGGCUGCAGUAUGUGGUAUGUUGUGUUUUGUUAUGGCUGCAGAGUAGACAGUGGAUUUGGUGUGUCAGGUGUAUACAGUAUGUUGGUCUCAGGUUUCAGUUUGUUUGCCACUCUGGUGGAAGGCAGGCGUCAGGUUUCAGACUCUCCUGGGAUAUCUACUAGUGAUCUGUUUUCUGUCUCUUGACAGGAGGGGCCAUUGAAAGUUCAACCAGGCAUCAGACUACUGUGUCCCCCUAGAAUGUGUAUUUGGCACGGCAUAGUAACGUUCAAUGCCAACACCCAGGCCUACAUUUUCAAUUAAUAAACGUUACAUACAGUGCCAGAUCUACACAACCUAAUCCACACUUUUAAAGCAGAACAUUAUUUUUUGAAAUUUUCUAAAAUGAAGGGGGGAAAAAUAAGAUAUCUUGAUUGCAUAGAUCUACACACCCCUUUGUGGCACAUCUAAAUAAGUAAAAAAACAAGUAUUUUCUUUAAAAAAUCACGCAAUUACACUGAACAAAAAUAUAAACGCAACAUGCAAACAUUUCAAAGAUUUUACUGAGUUACAGUUCAUAUAAGGAAAUCAGUCAAUUGAAAUAAAUUCAAUAGGCCCUAAUCUAUGGAUUUCACAUGACUGGGAAUACAGAUAUACAUCUGUUGGUCACAGAUAUCUUUCAAAAAAGUAGGGGCGUGGAUCAGAAAACCAGUCAGUAUCUGGUGUGACCACCAUUUGCCUCAUGCAGCACGACACAUCUCCUUCGCAUAGAGUUGAUCAGGCUGUUGAUUGUGGCCUGUGGAAUGUUGUCCCACACCUCUUCAAUGGCUGUGCGAAGUUGCUGAAUAUUGGCAGGAACUGGAGCACGCUGUUGUACACGUUGAUCCAGAGUAUCCCAAACAUGCUUAAUGGGUGACAUGUCUGGUGAGUGUGCAGGCCUUGGAAGAACUGGGAUAUUUUCAGCUUCCAGGAAUUGUGUACACAUCCUUGUGACAUGGGGCCGUGCAUUAUCAUGUUGAAACAUGAGGUGAUGGCGGCGGAUGAAUGGCACGACAAUUGGACUCAGGAUCUCUUCACAGUAUCUCUGUGCAUUCAAAUUGCCAUCGAUAAAAAGCAAUUGUGUUCGUUGUACGUAGCUUAUGCCUGCCUGCCCAUACCAUAACCCCACCGCCACCAUGGGGCACUCUGUUCACAACGUUGACAUCAGUAAACUGCUCGCCCACACAACGCCAUACAGUUGAAACCGGGAUUCAUCCGUGACUGCACACUUCUCCGGCAUGCCAGUGGCCAUCGAAGGUGAGCAUUUGCCUACUGAAGACCCUGGUGAGGAUGGCGAGCACUCAUAUGAGCUUCCCUGAGAUGGUUUCUGACAGUUUGUGCAGAAAUUAUUCAGUUGUGCAAACCCACAGUUUCAUCAGCUGUCCAGGAGGCUGGUCUCAGACGAUCCCGCAGGGGGAAGAAGCCGGAUAUGGAGGUCCUGGGCUGGUGUGGUUACACGUGGUCUACAGUUGUGAGGCCGGUUGGACGUACUACCACAUUUUCUAAAAUGAAAUUGGAGGCGGUAGAGAAAUGAACAUUCAAUUCUCUGGCAACAGCUCUAGUGGAUAUUCCUGCUGUCAGCAUGUCAAUUGCACGCUCCCUCAACUUGAGACAUCUGUGGCUUUGUGUUGUGUGACAAAACUUCACAUUUUAGAGUGGCCUUUUAUUGUUCCCAGCACAAGGUGCACCUGAGUAAUGUUCAUACGGUUUAAUCAACUUCUUGAUAUGCUACACCUGUCAGGUGGAUGGAUUAUAUUGGCAAAGGAGAAAUGCUCACCAACAUUUCGGGGAUCUUUUAUUUCUGCUCAUGAAACAUGGAACCAACACUUUACGUGUUGCAUUUAUAUUUUUGUUCAGUGUAGUUUUGUUUGUGCAGAAGUAAUAGUGGCAAAAAGUAAUUUGAUCAUUUUUGAAUAACUUCCUCUUUCUCUGUAUAAUUCAAACAAAGAUUUAACCUCAAAGCCAGCAAAGUGCUUAAAAUGUGUAGACAGUUACUGAAUACCCCUUUGAAUAUGGACAAGUAUGGCAAUUAAGCUGUUGCUGGUGUUACAUAUCAACUGGGUACUGAGAGGAUCUGGCAGUCCUUCCUAACAGAGCUAUGGGAGAGAAUGAGAACUGCUCAGGGAUAUCACUAUAGGGCCAAAGGUGAUUUUAAAACAGACACCGAGUUCAUUUGCUGAGCUGAGAGAACUGUGGCUGGAUCAGCAACAUUGCAUUCAUUCCACAUUACUGGCCUGUAUGACAGAGUGGAAAGAAGAAAGUGUGUGCUAUAAACUCUAUUCAAAAUCAUCCUUCCUGUUUGCAAAAGGGCCAUUAAGUAAUACUUUUUAAGAGAACAUAACAAAUAAAUACACUUUUUGGCAAAAACUUUCGGUUUAGGGCCAAUCCAACCCAACACAUCACAGAGUGUCACGAAUUCCGCCGAGGCUGCUCCUCCUCCUUGUUCGGGCAGGCUUCGGCGUUCGUCGUCCCCGGAGUACUAGCUGCUACCGUUUUGAUGUUCUCUAUGAUUGUUUGGUUUUGUCUGGUUGGUGCACCUGUUUCAUAUCAUGUAUUGAUUAUGUCAGCUAUAAGUUUCCUUUGGUUUUGUUUGUAGUUGUGUGUUGUUGUACGCCUGUCCGUUGGUGUAGGUUUAUUGUUUUCUUGUUGUUCGUGCUUUACGCACUUUACGCACUUUAGCACUGUUUGCGUAAUCGCUCGCCUCCUGUGUGUUGAGGCCCGUUGUUUUUUGUAUUUUGCCUCUGUGACUAUUAAAGUCGGAUCGACUAAGCUUCUGUGUCCUGCGCCUGACUCCAACACCGCAUCCACAUCAGCCCGUGACACAGAGUUAACCUUCCAUAUUUUCAAAAAUUGUGGUGGCAUCAUCAUGUUAUGGGUAUUCUUGUCACCGGCAGGGACUGGGGAGUUUUGUCAUGACCAAAAUAAAUAUGAAAGGGGCAAAGCUCAGGUAAAAACUUAGAGGAAACAUGCCUUAGUAUUCUGAAGACCUUACACUAGGAUAUAUAUUUAUGUUUCAGGGGAACAAAUUAUACAGCCCUGAUUUAAAUCUGUGUGAAAAUCAGAGACAAUACUUGAAUAUUGCUGUCCAUCAAUGAUCUACAACCAAAUUGACUGAGCUUGAUCAAUUCUGACAAGAACAAUGGAUAGAUGUUGCCCCAAGGGCUGUGCAAAGUUGGUGGAACCUUUAUUCAAAAUAAUUUCAGCUGUAAUUGCUGCCAAAAGUGCUUCCAUCAAGUAUUAAUUCAUAUCAGUGGUGUGAAGACCUACUCAAUCAAUAAAUCUUCAUAUAUUUUGUCUAUUUUUCUUUCACUUUGAAAGUGUGAAGUAGUUUGUCGAUCAGUGGGGUAAAAUCCCAACUUAAUCUAUUGUUAGAUUUUAAUUUAAGAGAGCAAAAUGUGACACCUGUGCAAAGGUUGUGUAGACUUUUGCUGGCACUAUAUGAGUUAAUUUAGUAGCAAAAUUAUUUCAGUAGCGAGUUAUUGGCAAUACUCAUGAAAAAUUACAGGGACACAGACUCCUCUGUUUCAGUUGCGAAACUGAUGAACAAAAUGUUUUAUAUGUGUAAAUAGAAUUACAGGCAGACUGAAACAAGACCAGCCGUUUGAUAUUCAUUGCACAAUCACCAGGAGCUGUGGCACCAGAUGGGAAAGACAAGAGCUGCGGAACAUAUUUACAAAAGUAAUGUUGUAUAAAUAAAUAUUGUAUGUCCUGUGUCUUCUGUGUUGACAGUUUUUGUGUAUCAUGUGUGUUGUUUAAUGUAGGCCAAUGUACAGGUAACUGCCAAAAUAAAGGAAACAUAAUGUCUUAAUAGGGCGUUGGUCUACCACGAGCCGCCAGAACAGCUUCAAUGCGCCUUGGCAUAGAUUUGACAAGUGUCUGCAAAUCUAUUGGAGGGAUGCGACACCAUUCUUCCACGAGAAAUUCUAUAAUUUGGUGUUUUGUUGAUGGUGGUGGAAAAUGCUGUCUCAGGCGCCGCUCCAGAAUCUCCCAUAAGCGAUCUGGUCACUUACACACACUCUUUAAACCCCCUAUGCUCCUUUUCAAAGUCACUGAGAUCUCUUCUUCUAGUCAUGUUAGCGAAAAAAAUGGGCAACUGGGCAUUUUAAAAUAUGACCCUAAGCAUGAUGGGAUGUUAAUUGCUCCACACCUGUGUGGAAGCACCUGCUUUCAAUAUACUUUGUACCUGUACCAUCCCACACAAGUUAUUUUGAAUUUCAACUGUGUAGUUUGCAGAUUAAUAUUGAAUAUACAGUAUGAAUGAUUAUUACUGCAACUGCCAACCUCUUCUGCUUUGGGCAGGUGCUGGCAUCGUUGGCAGACGUGGGCAGUGGGUACGGGGAGGCCGUGCUGACUGUCCUGAGGGCCAGACGAGAGGAGAUCCGUCAGGCGCUGGUGGAGAGGACCAAUAACGUGUCCAACUCAACCCUCCAGGAUUUUGACUGGCAGAUAAAGGUGAAUUUCCUGCACUACAGUGAGGAGUUAACAAUCUCUGUUUGAUUGGUAAACUGAUUGGUCAGGAUAUUUUUUUAUCUCAAUGGGAUAUCUUGGUUAAAUACAGGUCAAAUGAAAAAAGUGGUUAUGCUUUUUUACAGUCCUGUUUCAGCUGGGUUUUACCUGGUAUGCAGAAAUUACGUGAGAAAUUAUGUGGUAUCAAUUAUAUCAUUUGGGUGAAAUGCUGAGGUAUGGUUCACUACCUAUGCUACUACUGCUACCACAAUGAUUUCUAUACAUUUGAAUCCUAAGCCUCUUUCUCGCUCUCUCUUUCUCUGUUCAGCUGGCAUUGUCCAGCGAUAAGAUCUCGUCUCUCCAGACCCUACUCAAUCUCAGUUUGGACGUGAAGGAGAACGGUGCCCUGAAGCCUCUAUCUGUCGAGAUGAACAGAGAGGAAUUACAAACACUCAUCAGCUCAUUGGAGGCUGCCAAUAAGGUACAACCUUCGGGGACACAAGUGCAUGCACUUACACAUACAUACACACAUUAUUAGGGUAUUGACUUGUGUGGGGCAUUGCCGAUCGAAUGCGUCAGUGUGUUGUUUUGUCCAAUGUUUCAGUGGUGCAUAGUUAUGCAAAGCAUGUGUGCUUGUGUGUGUGAGUGCUUGCGUAUGUGUAUGCAUGCGUGUGUGAGUUUGGCCAGCAUCAGUGGAGGGUAUGAUUUGGAUGGCUUGAGAACAGUUUUCUUGGCAGUUCCACCAAUAGUCUAAUAUCAUUACAUCUACUGAUGUCAGAGCAUAAUAGCCGGUGAUUUCUGCCAGCUUUUGUGCCCUCAUUCACUUAUUGUUUUUUCCCAGUCUCUCCAUAUUCCCUGUCCUAGAAUACAUUUGUGUGUGUGUGUAUUACAGGAGUGAUUUUAUACAGAAACAUAUUUGUAUCCCAACAGCAGUUCAUAGUCUGACUGUACACUUUCCCUCAUUAGCACUCCUCCCACAAGUCUCCAGAAAACUUUUGUUUUGGGACCGAGAAGCACAUUUUCAUUAUAACGUUAGAGGAAAUACGUUCCUAGCGUGUGAGGAACAUGUUUGCUGGCCUCAGAAAUGCUAGCCAGCUAGCUAAUAUUUAGAAAAACAAUUUUUUUUUUUGGCUAGAGUCAUGCUAACCCGUUUGCAAUCCCUUUAGCGUUGCUUGCUAGCUACAGAGGUUAGCUGGCUAGUUAGCUACAAUAGUUAGUUAGCUACUGCCAUCAGUUGUUGUUGUGUUAUCAUAUUUAGCCUAUUCCACCGUUUUUAGAAUGCAUACUGGCAUUUGAAUAUAGCGCAGGAAUAGGGAAUCCGGACACACUGUGGACACGGUAGACACAUUUAAAUGUAGGUGUAGACGCAUGACGCGUUCGGAAUUCCAUGAACAGAACUCUAUGAUCAGAAUACUAAAGCUGCAUGAACUGUCAAGUCUAGACACGGCCCUAGAGAUACUAGAGAGCCCUUCUCUUAUCUAUACAGUGGUCUUUUCUGUGACAGCAUAGGCCUCAAAGGUACUGCCUAUCUCCAUUUUAAAGUAGUCCAUUUGUUAUUCUUCUACCUUUGAGUUUAUUGGCAGUUCGUAAAUAAACAAAAAAUGGUCAUACCAAAAUCUACUGUGCUGGAGUGUGUAUAGUCUGAACAGGUAUAAAGCCAAUGUUGGUGAUAUACUGCAACCUGCAGUUAUGGAAUGUUUGCUCAGGAGUGUAAUUCAUUGGCUGACCCCUCCAGCUGACCUGAAUAGAAUUCUGUGAUCCUUUCUAGAGCCCGACCGAUAUAUAUAUCAGUUCACUGAUAUUGGCCUUUUAACGCUAUAUCGGUAUUGGCCGAUAACUCCACUGAUAACCGAUAUUCAAUAAAUAGGAUAAAAAAAGGGAAUUUCAUGCUGAUCUGAACACUUGCUGCCAUUCUCAUGAGGUGUCAUUAUUGUUACAAUGUAUGAAAUCAACAUUUGAAGCAUAGUUAUUGGACAAUUGCUCUUCUGGAUGGCAAUUUAUGAAAACUCUGUGUGGAAAAAUGACACUUUUUCAGUUCCCUGCUGUAAAACAGUAUAUCGGCAGACAUAUCGGUAAGUUUUGCCCCCCCUAAAAUCGGAAUCGGUAUCGGACCCAAAAAAUCAUAUCAUUCGGGCUCUAAUCCUUUCUUAACCCAUAGUAAGUCCCACCAAGUUGACGACUUUAAAAUGGUGGAAGCCCUCAAUGGUGCUGUCUAUGCUAAAGCAGGCUUUGUGGCACAAGAGCCCUCUAUCUAUCUCUAUGUGCACACUUUACCUCUGUGUGUGUAUCCUGACAGUGUGUGUUUGUGUCCUUACAGGUGGUACUACAGCUGAAGUGAUGGCAGCGAGAGACAUUUCACUGUGCACUUUUAUUUAUGGCUCUUAUUAAAGGGACGUGUUAUGUCAUCAUAGAGGGACACUGAGCUAUGAUAUAGGGAAACAGUGGUCCGAUCCAGAAACAAGUCUUAGCCUUCAACCCACUAGGCACUGAUUCCUUACGCUUCGAUCACACCUACAGCGUCAUUGCGGAAAAUGGUACACAGCAUCAUCUGGAUAUGUGUGCAACAAAAGUUCAACAUUCACCUUCUGCUACCUUUUCUGUCAAUCCUUCUACACAUAUAAUUUGAUGCAU